GUACCUUCACCGUUCUUCCCCCUUCCAUCAAUGUUCGACCACAGAAAUCGAAGCGAUUGGGAGAAGCUAUCAAAAGAAAUUGAGAAGUGGCUCGUACAACUCGAUACUAAGUUGCCACAGUGGAUGUGGGGACGGGAUGCAUUCUGGCUGGCAUUCGUUGCCACAUUUCCCUUCUUCCCAAGAGGAACGUGGCCAUUGUGGAAUCCCCGUGUACCGUUAGAAGGUGCAUUCAUUGAACAAUGGUUGGAGACUUUGGGUCAUAGUAGCACCACGAUUGGCCAGGAGACUCUGGCGAUCGACUUGGAUGAUGCCGAUAACUUGGGGGAGAUAUGGGAGGCAUUUUGUGUUACGCACUCAAAUAGAUCUGUUAUGCGGAGCCCUAAGAGGGGCGUCGUCCGCUAA